UUCAUUUGACCAUAUAUUUCCUCCUCAGCUCAUAAACUCACAACAGAGACCAAAACCAGAAGUGAAGAAGAAGAAGAAGAGAAAUGGAUGAGAAGAAUGGUCAAGUUGAAGAAUCAAGCAAGGCGUGCAGCGACGGCUCCGUCUGUGGCUACGACUCACUUCACCACCUCCUCAGCGCAAAUCUCAAACCCCAUCUCUUCCAGGAAGUCAACCGUAUUCUCUUAGGUCUGAAUUGUGGGAAGGCACUAGAAACAAUUUCUGUCCCGGAAUCUGCUAAAGCGCUCUCUUCAGAACAUGAUUUUGACCUCCAGGCUUUCUGCUUUCAUGCUGACAAAGAGUUGUUGAGGGAACCUCGAAUAGUCAGGGUUGGUCUCAUUCAAAACUCUAUAGCUGUUCCAACUACUGCCCACUUUCUGGACCAGAAGAGGGCUAUCUUUGGGAAAUUAAAGCCAAUAAUUGAUGCUGCAGCUGUUUCAGGAGUAAACAUAUUAUGCUUGCAGGAAGCAUGGACAAUGCCCUUUGCCUUUUGUACGCGGGAGAAGAGGUGGUGUGAAUUUGCAGAGCCUGUAGAUGGGGAAUCAACACAAUUUCUCCAGGAUCUUGCACGGAAACAUAACAUGGUCAUCAUAAGUCCAAUUCUUGAGAGGGAUGUCAAUCAUGGGGAGACUCUGUGGAACACUGCUGUCAUAAUUGGAAAUCAUGGCAACAUAAUUGGCAAGCAUCGAAAGAACCAUAUCCCAAGAGUUGGGGACUUCAAUGAGAGUACCUAUUAUAUGGAAGGAAAUACCGGGCAUCCAGUGUUUGAGACUGCUUAUGGAAAAAUUGCGGUAAAUAUAUGUUACGGAAGGCACCAUCCUUUGAAUUCGUUGGCAUUUGGCUUGAAUGGUGCAGAGAUUGUCUUCAACCCUUCUGCCACUGUUGGUGAACUCAGUGAACCAAUGUGGCCCAUUGAGGCUCGUAAUGCUGCAAUUGCAAAUAGUUACUUUGUUGGAUCAAUCAACCGUGUAGGAACAGAGGUUUUCCCCAAUCCAUUUACUUCUGGUGAUGGCAAGCCACAACAUGCAGACUUUGGUCAUUUCUAUGGGUCAAGUUAUUUUUCUUCCCCAGAUGCCUCAUGCACCCCUUCUCUAUCACGCCAUCGUGAUGGGUUGUUGAUAUCAGACAUGGACCUCAACCUCUGUAGACAGAUAAAAGACAAGUGGGGAUUCCGAAUGACUGCUCGUUACGAGUUGUAUGGUGAUCUUCUUGACCGUUAUUUGAAGCCAGAUUUUGAGCCCCAAGUCAUUUCUGAUCCCAUGUUGCAUAAGAAGACUGCAUAAGAGUUUAGUCACAGGUUAUUGCACCAAAAGCUUGUACAGUGCAAGAUGUUGUUCAAAUAAAUCUAUUCGCAACUGUUUCUCCUCAGCUAAGAACGUAUGGUUUUUGGAUUUGUAGAUAUAAUAAUAUUCAUGCAAAAGAAACGUUUUGUAGAUAAAAAUGUAAUCUACAGUGAAUUGUGCAAGAAAGAAAAGUUAUGAAGAAUGUGAACCAAGA